AUGGCUGAAGUCCUGACACAGAGCAUCCUUAACAUGAUAGUAACUGACAUGAGACCAAUAUCCAUGGUUGAAGAUGAUGGCUUCAAGCAGAUGAUCCAGACCUUUCAUCCAGGCUACACCUUGCCAUCCAGAACUCAUUUUACGAAACUGAUUGAAGAAAAGUAUGAGACUGCUGUCAGUGACAUAAAGGCAACUCUUAAAUUAAACAAGAACAAGAUUGCCCUCACAGCUGAUGCCUGGACAAGCAUUUCCACAGAGGCAUAUCUUGGCAUCACAUGUCACUUCGUAAGUGAUGACUGGGAGCUCACAAGCCUCUGUCUCACAACCAUGCCACUAGAAGAAUGACAUACUGGAUCAAACAUUGCUGCAUGGAUUGAGGAGGCCAUGGCAAGGUUUGAGAUCUCUGCAAGCAAUAUUGUGGCUGUUGUCCAUGACAAUGGCUCCAACAUUGUCCUGGCUGCAAACAUUCUGCAAGAAAAGCAUGGGUGGAUGUCAUUCCGCUGCGCUGGUCACACUUUGUAAUUAGUGAUCAGUCGUGCUCUAAAACGCCCUCAGAUCAUGAAAACACUGGGAGCAGCAAGAUGUCUUGUGGAGCACUUCAGAAAAAGUGAACUGGCUUCAAGCACGCUGAAGGCCAAACAGAAACAGAUGGGGACCCCAGAACAUAAACUUAUCCAAGAUGUCUCUACCAGGUGGAACAGCACCUUUUACAUGGUCACCCAUUUGCUAGAACAGAGAUGGCCGCUGACUGCAACACUGUCUGACCCAACAGUCACGCAGAGUGAUAAACAUUUCCUUGACCUGAAAGCAGAUCAGUGGCUCCUGCUAGAGGAACUGGCUAAAGCUCUUACAGCCUUUGAAUGUGCCACAGUCUACUUGAGUAGUGAAAGUUAUGUGACAGUUUCUGCUCUCCCUCCUCUGGUCAGAGGGCUUUUGAAGUCCACUCACACCACCUAUGAUGCAGCUCCUGUGCAGGCCUUUCAGGCAGUUGCUUCAGAGGAGACCACUGUACGCUGGACUAAUGAGGUCACAGUCACGCGUGAUGAACCAUGCACACAGGUCAUCACAGAAGCCUUAGAUCCACGAUUUAGGAAACUGAAAUUUCUGACCCCAGAGGAGAGGUUCACUGUUCAAAAAAAAGUCCAAGCUCUGGCCCUGCAAUCCAUCCCAGGGGCUGAGAAGAAAAAUGCCAGUGAGGCUGACAAAAGCCUUGCCUCAGCUGAGAGAACUUUUUCAGCUCUAGAUUCACUGCUGGCCUGUGACUCCUCAACAGACAGUGACACUGAGACCAAUGAACAGGAUGUUCACAACAACCAGUCUAUCACCAAUGAGGUAAGAUUUAUUUAAUUGAAUAAUAGUACAUUUUAAUUAGCAAGAUAAUAUUUCACAAAUCUUCAUUAUGCUUAUUUUCAUUUGUUGUCCCAUGGCAGAUACUGAUGUACUUCGGACAGCAGCCUCUUUCAAAGACUGAGAGUCCCCUUUCUUGGUGGAAGUCAAAUAAGACAAAGUAUCCAACCCUUGCAUCACUAGCCAAGUCAUUCUUGUGCAUUCCAGCUACCUCUACACCAUCUGAGCGUCUCUUCUCUGCAGCUGGAAAUAUCGCCUCAAAGAAGAGAGCCAGCCUCACACCUAAGCAUGUUGACAUGCUUAAGUUCCUGCACUGCAAUUUGAAUUAA